CUUUAUAGUUUUUGAGAAAUUAGGAGAAGGUAAAUAUACUAAAGUAACACAUAUUAAGGAUCAUUUUCUACAGUAUUAAAAGUGAAGAGAUAAUCAGAUUAAUAGGAAUAUGUAAUGAAGAAAGCAAGAAUAGGAUAAUUGAAAGAGAAAGAGAGCUCUUUUGAAUGAAAUUAGAAUACUUGCUAGCAUAAAGCAUCCAAAUAUUAUCGGUUAUAAAGAAGCAUUUUAUGAUGAAUAAUCAUAAUGUUUAUGCAUUGUAAUGGAAUAUGCAGAUUAAGGAGAUUUAUUAUAAGAUAUCUAAUAGCAUAUAUAACAUAAGUAAUAUUUUGAAGAAAUGGAAAUUUGGAAAAUGAUUUACUAAGUGAUAUUAGGUAUAUAGUUAUUAAAUAUAUGUUUGAUAGCAUUACAAACAUUACAUUAAAUGAAGAUUUUACAUCGAGAUUUAAAGUCAGCUAAUGUAUUUUUACAUCGAAGUAAUUAUAAACUGGGAGAUAUGAAUGUUUCUAAAGUAGCUAAGAAAGAUUUAGUAUAUACUUAAACAGGAACUCCAUAUUAUGCUAGUCCUGAAGUAUGGAGAGAUUAACCAUAUGAUACUAAAAGUGAUAUUUGGAGUCUAGGUUGUGUUGCAUAUGAAAUGGCUGCACUUAAACAAACCUCCUUUUAGAGCAUAAAAUAUGGAAGGAUUAUAUAAAAGAGUCUAAAGAGGUUUAUUUGGAAAAAUACCAUCUAAAUUUAGUGGAGAAUUAAUGACUAUUAUUGGAUUGUGUUUAUAAGUACAAAGUAAAUCUAGACCUUCUUGUAAUUAAUUACUUAACAAUCCUAUCCUAUUCUUAAUAAACUUAAUCAUCAUAAGCUGGAUCUAAUGUACUUCUAUAAACUAUUAAAUUACCUAAAAAUUUAAAAUAACUGAAAGAAAAACUACCUUAAUCUAAAUAUCUAAGUGAAAGUCUUAAUAAGUCUUAUGAUCAAUCUUAACUUAAUAGUCCUCAUCUACCUAAAAUUAAUAAUCAUAAAGAUAUUAGACCUAAUUGUUCUGUUCCAC